AUGAGAGUGACAGUUGAGACUCAGUUGCAGCUAAAGUGUCUGUCUGGCCCUCAUCCCCAGCCUUUACUGCCGCAUCUGCUUGGUCGCUAUCUCCUCCUUCUCUCCUCUCUCCUGUCUGGGGAAUAUGAAAACCUGAGAAUGGCCCUGACGUCUGUGUCUUUCCCACUCUCCCUAACUUCAGCCUUCCUCUCCCUCACCCCUUCCUACCCUCUCCUCACCCUCCAUUACUACCAUCUUUCCCUCCUCACUGGAGGACGCAGUUUGGUCUUCUCAGCUCUCCAGGUGUGCAGUGCGUCUCAGGCUCCCAGCCAUCGUCUUCUCUACCACUGUCUCCUGCCACUGCUGUCUUGCUCUGGCACCUCUCUCAUGGACACUGUUCCAACCACACUCAUCGACAGAGACAGGACCACUGAAAAGGAUACACUAAUAGAGCAGCUGAUGAACUCUGACUUCUCCAACCCUGUUGCCUGUAUGCAUGCGCUGCAGUUGGCGAGGGACGAAGGCUCAGUGCGGGUCCUCCCGUUGCUUUGUCGUCGCCUCGUCACUCAUCCCUUCUCUUCCAUCAGCUCACCAGCAGCCUCUCUGGCUGGUAUCCAGAGUGCUGAGUACAACACAGAGGUGGCAGAUGUUCCUUCACCGGCUCCUCCCCAAAGCAGUUCCUCUCACCCUCUCCAGUUCACCUCGCAAGUGCAGGCCGUAACCAGAGUACGUACAAUGUACCUAAUGCUGACAAAGCUCUAUGCCACAGACCUCUAUCCCCAGCUGUGGUUCCUGGCUGAGGUGCAUGAUCUCUGUCGUAACAGCUGCUCCGACUGGCUGUGUGGCAGGGUUCUCGCAGACUCUCGCUCUCUGAGCUCUCUGAUCUCCUCCAAAAUCCUGAUAUAUCCAAAAGGUUGGUCUUCAGGUUCUACAGCCAGAGACACUGUUUCUGUUCAGGGAUUACUGGAGGCUGGUGUGUCCCAUGGACUGGAAGUCUCCCUCUAUUCUCUCCCCAAACUCCUCACCCUCUGCUACAGCCUCCUCUGCCAGGUACUUCUGGACCAGUUGCGUGAUCAAAGUAAGGAACCUUACGCUCCCGAGUACAGUCAUUACCUCCUCAGGACGAGCAGCCGUCAGCUCAGUGCUGGCUGCAUACUGGAGCUGCAGCAGAGAGACUCCACACUGUGA